AUGUCCGACGUGGAGUUUGGACGGAUGUCUUUCAAAGACCCUGAGCUGGAGAGCAAGCGCGUCCCGGCCCAGCCCCACUGGUACGAGCGCUACCUGCAGCCUUGCAUCGGGGAGCUGGUGGGCUCGGCCUUCUUCAUCUACAUCGGCUGCGUUUCGGUCAUCGAGAACUCAGAGGGCACCGGGAGGCUGCAGCCGGCCUUGGCUCACGGGUUGGCACUGGGACUCACCAUUGCCAUCUUGGGGAAUAUCAGCGGAGGCCACUACAAUCCUGCCGUUUCCCUGGGGGCCUGGCUCGUUGGUGGGCUGAACAUGGUGAUGGUCAUUCCGUACUGGAUCUCCCAAUUUUGCGGGGGAAUGAUUGGAGCUAGCCUGGCUAAGGUGACCACAGAAUGGGAGAGAUAUGAAAAUGCCACAGGAGCAGCUUUCACGGCCAUCACCUCAGAUCAUCAGCUCCCAGCUGCUGUGGUGGGGGAGAUUGUGAUGACCAUGUUCCUGGUGAUGGCUGUCUGCAUGGGGGCCAUUAAUGAGAAAACCAAGAGUCCACUGGCACCCUUCUGCAUUGGCUUCACCGUCACCGUGGACAUCCUGGCUGGGGGAGCCGUUUCUGGAGCCUGCAUGAAUCCAGCCAGAGCUUUUGGCCCUGCAGUGGCUGCCAACCACUGGGACUAUCACUGGGUGUACUGGGUGGGCCCCAUGGGGGCUGCGCUUCUGGUGGGCGCAUUGAUAAGGUUCUUGAUCGGGGACAGCAAGACGCGCUUCUUCCUCAAGUGA